AUGGACGCGAUGAUGCCCAUGGGGUUCUUUGAGAACACCCGGGAGAUAUACGCUGAAGUAGCAAGCUAUCCUGUGGUCCCCCCUGAGAAGAUCAAGCAGCUUUUCGACCCGAGUGCGUUUCGUCUGGAGAACUUCUGGUGGCACGUCUGGGGAAGCGACAGGCUACGGAACCUCAGCGGGCAAGAACUUGCAAGGCUCUUUGAGGAAAUCUCAAGCGGGCCGACGUUCGUGCCGCUCCCUUCACCCGCCGACCAGUUCAAGCGCUCCAGGAAGCCUGAUUCAAAUCAACGUGCCGCCAAUAACCAAAGCAAAGACCCGGCGCGUCCACAAGAGACUUCAGACCAAGGAUAUUCCCUCUCCAGCGGUAAAAGGGGGUUGACGCCUUCGUCCUCAAGACCACCACCACCCCACCCUAUCUUGAAGAAGUCUAGGGGGCCCUCUUCAUCAGGCCCUCGGCCCACUGCGCGCUUUGCAUCGCCGCCGACCUUUAGCGAAGAGGCUAUCCAUGACAGCGAGGCUACACCAACUAACACGGCGACAGUAGCUGCCACAGAGAUGCCCCCUCCCCCACUACCUAUAACGGUGAAGAAAAGGCAGGGCACUGCCACUACAAAUCAGUUGCCAACACCGAAUGUCCCCAGACCGACACGAGCGAAAGAGGCCACUGAGUCCCCAACAUCAGCCGCGCCCGUGGUGGAGAUGCCACCCCCUCCACCAGUACCAUCAACCACAACCAAAAUUGCGAUCAACACUGGCAGAAAGGUUGUGGCGGCCACUGCAGCAUCGAGGAGAAAACCCGUAAUGGUCCGCAGACAAAGUUCGCAAUCAUCAACGGGAUCGGAUUCUGGUCAGCGUGUAGUAGGAUUUGUUGCCGCUUCAAAACGAUCUGGGUCGAAACGGCCAACGCCGACCGCUUCACAGUUACUCGGACACAGCUCAUCAUCUUCCCAAAUGAGUGAUCACGGCCUAAGUGCUAAAGCUGCUGGGAAGCGUAAAGCGAAACCGACAGUCGCCAAACGAUCUACUACUCAAGGUGUCCCUAAUCAGGCCAACGGCCAGCCUGAAGAGGCCGUGGGGGGGCAGCACUCGCGACCCGGUAGUCCACAACGAAGGUCGACAUGGGAUGUCCGGGACAGUGUGGUAUACCAUGAGGCUGCCGAAGGGCAGCAGGAAACCGCUCAGCAUCCCCCUGCGGCCCCCUCGAAGGCCGUCCCCCCCCCGGUUGCGGGAUUUGUGAUGGACCAGACAUUUGGACAAGGGGCGCCCCCGAUGGUGCGGUCUCGCUCUAACAACUCAGAUCGUCCGCAGCGGCUCCGCGAACCUGGCGUAGCGCUCCUCCCGUCACAAGCCACUAGCAGUGUUGCCAUGGCCAGCACAAUAGCUCGCGGCCAGUUUGACUCAGAAACAGUGACAUCGGAGCCCGUGGUUCCCGAGGCGAGGGACAUCCCCGACCGCGUCUUGUUUGGCUCUCAACCAUCAUCUUCUCUCCUCGAUCAACAACUCAAGCCAACGCCUCCAAACCCUGCUCCACCAAUUCCCUUUGGACGAUCAAAAAGUGAACUCACUUUGCUCUUGGCGCGUGACCGCAAGCCGAAGAAAGGCGAGGAUGCUUAA